AGUUCUGCAGAGAGGUUGUGGAUGUUGGUGGUUCAACAAAGGAGAUAUUUUCACAGGUCUGCCUUUGCCAGCAGACAGAAAGAUACUCGUCGAGACCUGCAGACUCAUCUAUGGAUUAAUGGACUUGACCAGCCAAGGAGUGUUGAGUCAGGGUAACCGGUAACUUAAUUGUUUCGACAAUGAACCAAUAAGAUUCUUCGAUUCUAACUGACUGGCGGGGAGUCCCAGGAAUUUAACCUCUGUGGGGUCGUUAUCAAGGUCAUUGAUACGACCUGGGUCGUUAACUUAGCGCUCCUGGCAGUGUAACAUCACCUGAGGCAGCUACUCUUCUUUUCCGACUAUUUCAGUAUGUGGGUGUUCAGUAUUGCGCAUCAGCAAAAGUUGCAACUUGUUUGGACUAGAAGAUCACAGAACCCAGCAUCCCUCUUAAGACUGGGCUCUCAGGUUGCUGUUUACCAUGCCACACCUACUCUCCUGCGCCCAGAGCACAGCAGCAUCGACCCUGUGAUGAAGAGGCGACGUAGAGUCCAGCACAAGCCUGCUGUCUCAGGUGGAUGGCGGGAUCGUGAGGGGUCAGACCAGAGUAAAGUGUGGAAAAAUGAGAUCCCAGUUUUGUAUAAGCAAAAUCAGAGAAGGGGAGUCGACAGCAGGGUGUCGUCUGAACUCAGGAAACUGUGUCUGGAGGAUUUCCCUGCAGAGAGGGAGAGGCCCGAGAGACAGAAGUCAACACUGGACUCCAAAGCAGAGAACCUUGAGAUUGUUUUUGGCAUCGCUCCCUGUCUCUUGGCUCUGACUCAGGGGAGAAGGAAGGCCCGUAAACUGUUUGUAAAAGAUGGAGAGGCCUCUCACAGGGCCUCUGUGUUAAAGGUGUGCGAGGAGGCUCAUCGGCGAGGAGUACAAGUCCACCGAGUCACUAAGAAAGAUCUGGACAAGAUGUCUUCUGGACGAGUACAUCAAGGGGUGUGUCUGCAAGCCAGUCCUCUGAGGUUUCUCACCGAAAACAGUGACUCUGCAUCCAGAGGGAGAGGCAGCAGCACCCCUCUCUGGCUUGUCCUGGAGGGAAUCCAGGACCCGAUGAAUCUAGGCGCCAUCCUGCGCUCUGCCUACUUCCUCGGUGUGGACAGAGUCGCCAGCAGUCUUCAUUACAGCUGUCCGUUGUCUCCAGUGGUCAGCAAGGCCAGCUCAGGGACCAUGGAGGUGAUGGGUGUGUAUGGGUAUGAAAACCUUGAAGAUAUGGUCAGGUCAAAGGUGGCACAGGGCUGGCAGGUGGUUGGCACGGUGGGAGCUGAAGCAGAGGAGUCCCAGCUUCCUGUCACCCAGUGCUCAGACUUCCACAUGACUAAACCCACGUUGUUGUUGAUGGGGGGUGAGGGGGAAGGACUGUCCCAGAAGCUGCUCGCUCUGUGCCAAACCCUUCUCACCAUCCCAGCUGGCAGAGAGUUGUUCCCCGGUAUCGAGUCUCUCAACGUCUCUGUAGCUACAGGCAUCCUGCUGCACUCCCUGCUGCUCUGCAGGAGGUCGACCAGGUGAUGACCAGCCUGAAUAUCUGCCUGAGUUCUGCACGGGAGCUGAGAAUUCAUGAGCUGUGUGUGGACAACAGAAUCACAUGUUGAUGCGCGUGAAACUGACCAUUUCACUUCAGUUUUCAGCAGUUUAAAGGACAAGGCCAAUGAUAUUUGGUGUUUUUCUUUCUGCUGACAAACUCCACAAAAAGCCCAAAUUCAACAAGUCAUUGAGUUUGUCUGAUAUAUCUCCUUCCUUUGUGCCACAGAGCUCCACUGUUGUCCAAAAACUAUUAAAAAACACACCAAUGAGCUGCACAUUUCAGUGAACACACACACUGUAACUUAUCUUGACUCUGUUCAACAUCUGCAACCUGCUGCUGGAAAUACUCAUUAACCCACCAAAGAAUACUACUGACAGUAUGUACUGAGUGUAUUUUUCCAUGCUCUGGGUGUGUGACCAUUAAA